GCGGGCGGCGGGGCGAUGCUGGCGCUGGGGCAGACGGACGGCGCGCCCCGGCAGAGCGCGUUCGUGCUGGGCAGCACGCCGCUGGCCGCGCUGCACAGCAUGGCCGAGAUGAAGGCGCCGCCGUACCCCGCGUACCCCGCCGGGCCCUCCUCCGCCUCCUCUUCGCCCGCCUCCGCCUCGCCCUCGCCGCCGCUCGGCUCCCCCGGCCCCAAGGCCGCCUCCGGGCUCUCGGCGCCGCUCUCGGCCGCCACCCCGCACGGCAUCAACGACAUCCUGGGGCGGCCCUCCGCUCCGCCGCCCGCCGCCGCUCCGCCGCCUCCCGCCGGCCCCGCCGCGCUGCUGGCCGCGCUGCCGCGCUUCGGCAGCCUCAGCCCCCCGCCGCCUCCGCCGCCGCCGCCCGCGCUCUACUUCGGAGCCGCCGCCGCCGUGGCCGCCGCCGGGCGCUACGCGAAGCCGCUGGCCGAGCUGCCGGGCCGGGCGCCCAUCUUCUGGCCCGGCGUGGUGCAGGGGCCGCCCUGGAGGGACGCCCGCAUCGGCUGCGCGCCGCAUCAAGGCUCGAUCCUGCUGGACAAGGACGGCAAGAAGAAGCACACGCGUCCGACCUUCUCGGGGCAGCAGAUUUUCGCUCUGGAGAAGACAUUUGAGCAGACCAAGUACCUGGCAGGGCCAGAGCGGGCACGGCUCGCCUAUUCGCUGGGCAUGACUGAGAGCCAGGUGAAGGUGUGGUUCCAGAACCGGCGGACCAAGUGGCGGAAGAAACACGCGGCCGAGAUGGCGACGGCCAAGAAGAAGCAGGACUCGGAGACGGAGCGGCUGAAGGGCGCCUCGGACAACGAGGACGACGACGACGACUACAACAAACCCCUCGACCCCAACUCGGACGACGAGAAGAUCGCGCAGCUGCUCAAGAAACACAAACCGGGCGCCGGGGGGCUGCUGCCGCACCCCGCCGAGGGCGAGGCCUCCGCGUAGCCCCGCGCACAUGUACAGAUGUAUUUUUCUACGCUCCGAGCGGCCGGAGCCGGACUGCGGGCUCGCGUUCUCCUAAGGUCGCCGGACGCGGCCGAGCCGGGCCGGACCGCGGCGUCCUUAUGGUGGGGUCGCCGGCGGCGGGGCCACCUGUUGAAGGCUCUUUGUAAAUACCCCGCGGGUCCCCGGCUGUGAAUAGCGCCCGUGUACGAUACCUUCGUUGUUUUUUUGUACGGCCGCCGGGCCCCGCGGACUGGGGGGGGAGACCGCUCUUAUGGCGGUGGGGCGGAGGUGCCCGAGGCCGUGCCGAUAAAAGGAGGAGACGGAAAGAAACCCCAACGGAGCCGAACUCACGCUGGUGGGAAUUGGCGCAGCCACUUUCGGGCGGAAUAUAAAAAUCCAUUUAGUUGCUGUCAUUGAAUUUAAGGUGUGUUUUCCUUUUGUAUCAUACAGAAUACUAUAGAAUGUAAAUUGUUUUCUUCUUCUUCUUCUUCUUUUAUUUUUUUUUAAGCUAAUAACGAUGAUCUAUCGUGACAUAGCGUCUUAACCUUUAUUAAUUUAUAUUAAAACCAAUUCGGUUUGUAAAGAGAAGGAAAAGCCCUUUGCAAGCCCCGUUCGAUGUAAUGCACUUUCUGUUCGCAAACAAAACAACGAUAAAACCAAUUAAACCCUUC